GUUUGCAAGCCUACAUUCCUUUCAUGGCUACGUAGGGAGUCGAUUUUUCAAAGUUUUUAGUUGAGGCUAUUUUAUUUACAACCUGCUCGUAUUUGUAGCUAUUAGCUCCUGUAUUCCGAGAUGACUACGUCGGAUAUUGCUCAGGGGGACAAAAAUGCCCGGCCCCUGUCCUUGUCUGGCCAUGUUGGCUUUGACAGCCUACCUCACCAGCUGGUCAACAAAUCAACAUGUCAAGGUUUCUGCUUCAAUAUCCUCUGUAUUGGCGAAACUGGUAUUGGCAAAUCCACCCUAAUGGACACACUGUUCAACACUAACUUUGAGAACUUUGAGUCGUCUCACUUCGAGCCCAAGGUGAAGCUGCGAGCGCAGACCUAUGACCUGCAGGAGAGCAACGUGCGACUCAAGCUGACCAUCGUCAACACAGUGGGCUUUGGGGACCAGAUGAACAAGCAGGAGAGCUACCAGCAUGUUGUGGACUACAUUGACACCCAGUUCGAGUCGUAUCUACAGGAGGAGUUGAAGAUCAAGCGGUCCCUUCACAACUACCACGACUCCCGUAUCCAUGCCUGUCUCUACUUCAUCGCCCCUUCAGGACACUCUCUCAAGUCCCUAGACCUGGUCACCAUGAAGAAACUGGACAGCAAGGUCAACAUCAUUCCUGUCAUCGCCAAAGCAGACACCAUCUCCAAGAGCGAGCUCCACAAGUUUAAGAUCAAGAUCAUGAGUGAGUUGGUCAGUAACGGUGUCCAGAUCUACCAGUUCCCUACCGACGACGAGACCGUCUCCAAGAUCAACACGGCCAUGAAUGGUAUCCUGCCUUUUGCUGUUGUGGGGAGCUCAGAGGAGGUGAAGAUUGGAAAUAAGAUGGUCAAAGCUCGACAGUAUCCCUGGGGUGUGGUGCAAGUGGAGAAUGAGAACCACUGUGACUUUGUGAAGCUGAGGGAGAUGCUGAUUUGUGUGAACAUGGAGGACCUGAGGGAGCAGACCCACACGCGCCACUACGAGCUCUACCGCCGCUGCAAACUGGAGGAGAUGGGAUUCACAGACACGAACCCAGAGAGCAAGCCAGUCAGCCUGCAGGAGACCUAUGAAGCCAAGCGUCACGAAUUCCUGGGAGAUUUGCAGCGGAGAGAGGAGGAGAUGAGGCAGAUGUUUGUCCAGAGAGUCAAGGAAAAGGAGACUGAGCUGAAGGAAGCCGAGAGAGAGUUGCAAGGGAAGUUUGAGCAGCUGAAGAGACUGCACUCUGAGGAGAAGAGCAAGCUGGAUGAGAAGAGACGGUCUCUGGAGGACGAGAUCAACACCUUCAGCAAGAAGAAAGCAGCUGCCGAGCUGCUCCAAGGCCAGUCCUUCAACACUAACGCCAACCUCAAGAAGGACAAAGACCGUAAAAAGAGUCCAGAAAUGGAAGCGAAGGAUGUUAACUUGACUUGUGACGAGGCUACUAACCAAAACCACAACUGUUGCUUCAGAAACCUGUGAACUCUGGGUUCAUGUGAAGAAAUAAAUGGACAAAGACCCCCUCCCACCAUCAGUCAGAAGAAAUAAAUACAAAACGGAAUACAUUCACCGAUAGUCGUCAUUGUUUGCCUUAGUCAAAGCACAAAUGUUAGUCAAAUACCAGCCAGGGUAUUGAUAAGGCUCUUUAAGACUGGUAACCCUUUGUAUUACUUUUCACUUCUACAGCUAGAGGGCACCAAAUGAUCAAGGUCUGGUUAGGGUUAUCCUUUGAAAAUACUGUACUUUACACUAAACAGAAAUACAAUUUGUUUGACAUUCAAGAUGUAUUUAAUUGUCCAAUCUCGGAAUUCGUUUUCUUACCGGGUUGUCUUGAGUAUUCAUUUUAAAUGGGAUAUCAGAUGUUUGUAAACCUUCACUUAAUUCUGCAGAUAGCAGAAUAUAUUUGCAUGUCUUUUAAAUAUGCUAUUCACCAGUAGUGUGUAUUAUAUAUAGCUUGAUAUUUAUUCCAUGCAUUAUUAUUGUAGACUCGUGGGUUUCUGGAUGGAUUCCAUGUUUAGAAAUACCUAGCUCUGAUCCAGGACAUUAGUGCACGUUCCUCAUGUUACAUUAGUGGAGGAACGUGGACCAGAGCUAAGUUCUACCCACUGCAUGUGUUACAUUCCAAUCACAGGUAUUAUUGAUAUUACUUUUUAAAAACACUUAUUUUAUGUGCCUUACUGCCACAUAUGCCUUCCUGGUAUUUGAUUCAAAUGCUAAAGAAUGAAGCAGCUGCUGACAUGGGAAUUCAUUUUUGAAGAGUGAAACCAUGUUUUUUUUGUUGCUCAAUGAUCUUUCUAAAUAGAGGUCUAGGUCAAGUGGUUUUGACGUUGUAAAGAACCGUCAUGCAUCUAACGUCGUGUGUGUGUGUGUGGAAUGAUACUUGCCAAACUUCCCCCCUCUCAGAAGGGAUAGCUUUGAAAAUAACUUACCUGCAAUAUUUUUGUACACAGCAUUUUUCUCAACUCAUAUGAACUGAGGUUUGUUCUUAGGUGUGGAGAAAGGGUUUAUCACAAAAUAAAACAUAUGUUUCUCAUA